UGGUGCCUGGAUGACCUGUACCGGGAGAUGGUGAGGCGCUACGUGGAAGUUCUUGAGAAGCCUCCGGAACAUUGGGCAGACCCAGCUACCCUGGAAGGCUGCUCACAGCUGAAGCCGGAUAACUACCUCCUGGCCUGGCACACGCCUUUCAACGAGAAGGGCUCAGGCUUUGGAGCUGCCACCAAAGCCAUGUGCGUGGGCAUGCGGUACUGGAAGCCGGAGCGCCUGGAGACCCUCGUGGAAGUGAGCAUCGAGUGCGGCAGGAUGACGCACAACCACCCCACAGGCUUCCUCGGGUCCCUGUGCACAGCCCUGUUUGCGUCUUACGCCGCGCAAGGAAAGCCGCUGGAGCAGUGGGGCAGAGACAUGAUGCAGACGGUGCCGCGGGCGGAGGGGUACUGUAAGAAGACCAUCCGGCACCUGGCGGAAUACCAGGAGCACUGGUUUUACUUUGAAGCUAAGUGGCAGUUUUACUUGGAGGAGAGAAAAAUCAGCGAAGACACGGGAAGUAAAGCCGCCUUCCCCGACCGCUACAACGCGGAGGAAAGAGAAAAGGCUUACCGGAAAUGGAGCUCUGAAGGCCGAGGGGGCCGACGGGGCCACGACGCUCCCAUGAUUGCCUACGACGCUCUCUUAGGUGCUGGGGACAGCUGGACGGAGCUCUGCCAGAGGGCCAUGUGCCACGGAGGCGAGAGCGGGGCCACGGGGACUAUCGCGGGCUGCCUGUUCGGGCUGCUGCACGGCCUGGACGCGGUUCCCACGGACCUGUUCCAGGGCCUGGAGCACCAGGAGGAGCUGGCACGCCUGGGCGAAGCGCUCUACCGCCUGUCCACUCAGGAGAAGUAAAGCUUCCCACCACGUCCCUGCGCGGGCAGCCGCGUCCCGCCCUGGGCGCGGGGUCCACAUGCCGAUCACCGCCCUCCUGAGCCUGCCCCACGCCUGAUUGGCCAUAAUCGCACGUUACCUGUUUCCUUCAGAGCCCUAACUGCCGUAUGAAAUCCCGUUUGUCCUUCGAGAACGUUUGUCCUUCCCGAACCCAGACCCAGGGCCUCGCCGGGGUCCGCCCCCUGCGAGCCUCCAUGCACAGCGGCACAAACAGUCUCUCGGACAAUCGGUGUGUUUCACUCUGUGCAAAACUAAUGCUGCUCGCUCACUCACGCCCACACAACUAACUACACAGCUGUGCUCAGAUGCGCGGCCCUUGGAGGGCAGGGCCCAGGACGCAGCGAGCGCGCGUGGCGCUUCACCGCACAGCCGACGGUUUUAAUCACACUAGAUCUUUAAGACCAAACCCUCUGGAACAAGUGACAGAAAACCAGGAAAUAAA